AUGAAAAAGAUCUCGCAAGAUACAUCUCCCACUGAUGCUGCCCGCAUCUUUUACAAAUCGCCUGGCGCCGCUUCACUUUUUAACGGAACGGUCACUAAGUUCUAUGUCGUCGUUGUAGGCCACGAGUCUGGCAUCUACUUGCGGUGGGACGAAUGUCAAGAAGCCGUUAACGGAUUUUCUAGUCCUUGUUUCAAGAAGGUGGAGAGUCUCCCCAGUGCAUUAGAGUUUCUUAUCACAAAGGCCCACCGUCUUGGUGAUGCCACCGAUAUCACCAGUCCGCGUGCUCCUACCUUGAAUUUGGCUGGUCUCUCUCUUACCGAUGGAUCAGCAUCGCGAAUGAAGAGCCCCAUGUCUGGCGCCAUCAACCAACCAUCAGCCAGCGCUCUCCACACCUCUUAUGCGGAAGUUUCCACUAUACAAAACCCUUCAGCGCGUGCUUGGAGAAUGCCCACUGGUCCCGCAACGUCCAACACCAACAUCACACCAAUAUAUCAGCACAUUCGUGAGAUCAAUGGGCUCAAUGGUGUUGUACUCCAGCCGCACUUUGACGACACCCCACUCCCGUCAUUUGGUCCCAUGGCUGACUGGUAUCUUCAAGCUCACGGAUAUACUGCGAAGGCUUUGCUCCAUAUCGCUUAUGCUCACGACAUGAGUUCUUCGGGUCAAGACUUUGUUGACAAGCUCGCUGACAAGGGAAUGGCUAGGGCUGAAGCAUUCUUCCUCUGGGGACUGAUCACUGCUGAAGACAGUCCCCCUGAUGUCUAA